AAGCAAGGUUCCAACAUCGACGAACAGAAGAAAGACACCAAAUGGGGCUUCAAUAUCGAUGACCAGGAGGAGAGGUUUCAGUGGUUCAAACUCGAACAAGACCCAAAAUACACUGAGGAAGAGCUUAGGAACGCAUAUCCUCCCCUGACCAUUAAGCCAGAAAAUGAGCUGCAGGCAAGAGACUUAAUCACAGAAUAUCUCAAGCAUCUUCGCAAGCACGUUGCAAAUACUAUCAAGGAAUCACUUGACGUUGGAGGAGGUAGAGUUGAGGCGCUUCUCAAGGAUGUUCGUUGGGAGUAUAUCAUUACUGUGCCUGCUAUGUGGCCGGAAUCAGCACAGAACAUCACUGAGGAAUGUGCCAAAAAUGCUGGAAUGAGCCUAUACCGUCAAGUCCAGAUCAUCGCCGAGCCGGAGGCUGCUGGUAUUUAUGCACUUGAUCAAAUGAGCCAGGAACUAGACAUGAGGAUUGGAGAUACUUUCACCAUCUGUGACGCUGGUGGCGGGACCGUCGAUCUCAUCUCCUAUACGAUCACGAGAUUGAAGCCCAGCCUUUCACUGGAUGAAGCGACAGCAGGAUCUGGUGGCCUCUGCGGAUCAUCGUUCUUGGACCGUGCAUUUCUUGCAUGGCUAAGAGGCCAUGUGCAAGGCUGUAGCCAGUGGACACAAUAUCAUACUCACGAUGCGAUGGUAAAAUGGGAGACCGAAACGAAGCGUAACUUCACUGGCGACACCAGGAAGAAAUAUCUCAUCCCUGCUCGCGGUAUUGAUGAUGAUAGAAACUUGAGCAUUAGAAAAGGAAAUCUGGAAGUCCCAGGAAAAAGGGUGGAAGAAGUCUUUGAAGCAGUCAUCUCUCAAAUUCUGACCUUGGUCCAAAGUCAAGUCAGUAAAGUGCAGAGAGCCGGCACGAGGUCUGUGAAUGCUGUUCUGUUGGCAGGAGGCUUUGGGAGAAACGAGUAUCUGAGGAGGAAAAUCCAAACGAUGGUUGGAAAUAGCGUAAAGGUGAGGAAGAUGAAGGACUGCACUACCGCCAUUGUCCAAGGAGCCUUAAUUCGGGUACUUGCAGACAGGCAUUCGCCUACGGCUACGGCAGGGAGACCUAUGAUUGCAGUUGAGUCUCGGCUAGCAAGGAAACACUACGGCACCAAAGCACUUCAGAAGUUCGCCCCAGGACACCAUGACCCUCAACAACCAAGAUUUCCUGGCGGGGUCGAUGGAGGGGAGAGAAUCGAUGUGAUGAAAUGGUUUAUCAAGAAGAACACCCGAGUCAAGGAUCAUGAGGACAUGUUAUUCGAUUUCUACUACGACCAAUCAGUGAACGACGUAGACUCCCACGGCGGGAGCUUGGGAGACGUCAUCCUACCAAUUUAUAUUUGUGAAGAUGACAGCGCGCCUGAUUAUCCGGACCCGGAUCAAGAAGUGACAAGUAAAAAGCUCGUGGAACUCACUGCAAAUUUGAACAAGAUCCCGAAGAACAAACUUAAGAGGGAGUAUGGAGCGGACAACCAGGAAUAUUACAAAAUUGACUUCAAGAUAGUCAUGUCUUGUCAUUUGGCAAAUGUCACUUUCCAACUGCUCUACGAUGGUGUUGAAUAUGGUUCUGUUGCCGCCAAGUGGGAUACGAAGUGA